CGUCACUUCUGGUGAUCCGCCCUGCUGGGUUUUAAUCCCAUCUUUCAUUUAAAGUACAAACGAGAGUCGGUGGCGCUGGAGGAUGAGUUUCACUUCAGCCGCAGACUCAGACGCUGCUGCAGUCACGAGUUUGUGUUCGUUUAUCUGUCAUAUCAUUUAGUUGUUGUUUUUUAGGGACGAUGUCGGAGCAGACGCUGGACUAUUUCCUAAAUCGGAGGGAGAUAAAGCAGAGGGACGGCGCUGAGGUGACGUGGUCUCAUGGAGUGAACAGCAGGACAAAAGUGGAGGAGGCUGUGACAGGUCCCACUCACAUGCUCGAAGCCGACGUAAUCAUGAGAGGUCACGACCCCAGAGAGCCGGUCAUGGCUCACCCUCCUGAUACAGACAGUGACAUCACACUGGAGCAGUGGCUGGAAGCGGUGAAGUCGCAUCACAAGGGAAUAAAACUCGACUUUAAGAGCCUGGACGCGGUGUCUCCGUCUGUGCGUCUGCUGGAGGAAGUUCUGCCCAAGCUGAAGUUUCCUGUGUGGGUCAAUGCGGACGUCCUCUCCGGUCCAGGAGGAACCGCUGCUCCUCUGUAUCCUCAGGCUUUUCUCUAUGCCGUCUCAACUCUGCCCUCGGAGACUGUGCUGUCCCUCGGCUGGACCGCGGAGUGGACAGAGGGGACAGAAAACCAAGGCUACUCGUGGGACAUGGUGCGUGCGAUGGAGGAGAUUUGUAGAGACCUCAAACAUCCUGUCACGUUCCCAGUGCAGGCGGCUCGGCUCAGUCAGUCCUUCUCUCAGCUCACCUGGCUGCUGCAGCAGUCGGACAGAUACACUCUGACGGUGUGGAGCAGCCCGACUGACGCGAUAACACCUGAGGAUUUACUGUUGUACAGAAAGCACACUCACGUCAGUAGAAUCUACUAUGACCUGCCUGAGUGUCAGAGGUCAAAGGUCAGUGUGACACUGCAACACUAAUGGCGCUUCUUUUUUCCACUGUACACUAGUUCUAGCACGACUCGACAGUACCUGGUACCUGGUGCUGGGCGAUAUAUAGUAACAUGAGUGGUGGAGCGAUAUUAUUCGAUUAUACUAUCGAAUAAUUUCAGAAAUAAAGCUUUUUUCCUUAGAACACAGGGAAUAAAGUGGUAGAAGAUGGAUGGAUGGAUGGAUACUGGAAAGAGAGAAAUAGAAUUUUGAGUUUCCAAAUCUGGAGCCUGGAUUAAAUUUUCCUGCUGCAUUUUCUCUCAGGCUACAACGAUUCAUUCAUUUAUUUGAAUAUUAAUCAAUCACUAAAUCAAUCGCCAGCUGAUUUGAUCAUUUAUUAAUCAUUUUGAGUGUGUGUGUGUGUGUGUGUGGUAUUUUAAAAAUGAUUUUUCUUAAAUGUGAAUUUAAUCUUGUGUCACAAAGGCACCGGACUGGUUUGCGGACAGUUGAGAACGUCAUAGUUUGGGAACAUUUUCUGACAUUUUAGGGAACAAACAAUGACAUAAAUGAUAAAAAAAAUCAAGAAAAUAAUUCACAUUUGCGAAGCCUCAGGACAAGUUUGGUAGAAUGACACAUCAGCACAGGCUGCUAAACUGUAAGAAAAAGGUUAUUUAAUACCAGAUGUGUUUACUCGAUUAGUAAUGUUUAUUUAUUAUGAAGUGACAUAAAGUCACAGAGCAUGGGAGACAAUUUUAAGAAUAUUUUUUGGGAACAGUGAUGUUUAAAAAUCAAGCUAAAAUGUUGAAACUUGAACUUUCUAUUUGUUUUUAUCAGUAGUUAGUCCACUCUUGUGCACAUUGACUUAAAAGUUAAUGGAGUGCAAACCAAACGUGAGAUACAAUCGGUGCAGUCUGUGGACAAAUGUGUUUGUUUGAAGCUGAUGUUUGUGUCCGAGGUCAAUAUUUGUCUGGAAAGAUAAAGACUCGCCAAAAGUGUGAGUCGUGUUGACUGAUUAGAGGAGAUAUUUAACAUUAAAUAUGAUGACUAAUGUAGAUAAAUUACUAAAACUAUACAAAACAGACUGGGUUAACUGGAAAAAUUUGUAAUAAAAAAGAUGUGUGUGUGUGUGUGUGUGUAUAUAUAUACUGUAUGUCUCACUGGAACAUAUAAAUAAAGAGAUUUUGUUCCCUCA